CCGGCCCUGCUACCAUGAUCACCUCUAGGACUCAGGAACCAAGGCACAGGGGACGUUCCGACCCUCCUUCACCUGCUUCUCUGAUGAGCAGCUCCCUCUUCAUGAGAUGCCUGGGGAGGACCUGCAAGUGGAGAGGAGACCCUGCCCUUUCUAAGAGAACUCACAAGAACCCCACCUAUGAAACAACUAGAGAACUGCAGAAGGCUGGAAUGUUCUCCCAGCUCAGAGAACAUCAGAGGGCCCUGUCUAUUCUACAGCUGUCUCAUAGGCUAAGCUGACCGGCCCUCCUCCGGGGGUGGGGCUCCGAGCACUUGGGUGAGAGUCAGGCUGACGAGCGGGGGAGUCCUGCAGCUACUCAGCUCCGGACGCGCCAUGGGACAGCUGAUCGCCAAACUGAUGGACAUCUUUGGGAAGCAGGAGCACAAAGUCAUCAUCGUGGGACUGGACAAUGCAGGAAAGACCACCAUUCUCUACCAGUUCCUGACCAAUGAGGUGGUUCAUACGUGUCCCACCAUUGGUAGCAACGUAGAAGAGGUUGUUGUUCGGAAGACCCACUUCCUCGUGUGGGACAUAGGGGGGCAGGAAGCUCUUCGAUCUACCUGGAGCACGUACUACUCCAACACAGAGUUCCUCAUCCUUGUGAUUGACAGCACAGACCGGGAUCGGCUUCUGACUACUCGAGAGGAAUUGUAUAAGAUGCUGGCCCAUGAGGCACUUCGAGAUGCUUCAGUUCUGAUCUUUGCCAACAAGCAGGAUGUGAAGGACUCUAUGACCACGGCGGAGAUCUCCCAAUUCCUCACUCUUAGCGCCAUUAAAGACCACCCAUGGCACAUCCAAGGCUGCUGUGCUCUCACGGGAGAAGGGCUGCCUGCUGGGCUCCAGUGGAUGCAAUCUCGGGCUACUGCCAACUGAUAUCCCAGCCUGAGGCCAACCAGAAACUCUGGGAGUUCUGCAUGGUCAGCAUGGGAAACCUGUGACUAUUGUGCUACUUUCUGUGAUUCAUUGGUGGGAAAAGGACACCUAUGGACGGUGAAAUUGCCACUCUCCUCCCAAUUGUCACUGAGGAGCUGGACCAUAGACCAUGAAUUGAUGCAGACAGGGCAGCAGAGGAAGCCACCCACCCCCCACUGGCACUUCAUGGCUGCAGGUGUUCUGUAGAGACCAGGGAAGCUGCUGUGUGUGUUGGGGGAUCAGAAAGUGGAGACUGCUCCCUCUUGGCCCUGCCCCUCUCCUUGGGAAGCAGGUAGGGAGUGGCAGAU